CGAGUCCAAAGAAGAAGACGCGAUCCAACAACCACUCGCGGUUAGCUGCCGCUGCCUCCCUCAAUUCUCCCAGCGCGGAGAGCGAUCUCGAUCGACUUGAUCGAUCGUCGUCGGACCAGACACCACGCGCACCUCGUUCCAGCCAUGGUGUGGAAGAGGAAGAGCGCCGGCGCCGGCGGGUCGCCCGGGCGCGGGGCCGGCGCGGACGAGGAGGAGAAGGUGCCCAGGGGCCACGUCCCCAUGGUCGCCGGCGGCGGCGCCGAGGGAGACGACUGCGAGCGCGUGCUGGUGCCGGUGCGGCUGCUCAGCGACCCGCGCGUCGCGGAGCUGCUGGACAUGGCGGCGCAGCGGUACGGGUACCGCCAGCCGGGCGUGCUGCGGGUGCCCUGCGACGCGGGGCGGUUCCGCCGGGUCGUCGACGGCGCCAUGCAGAGGUGCGGGAUCGCCCCGGCGUGAGCUAGAGACAGGUAGAGCUGAUGGCCGCGAGCUGUGAGGAGGAGGAGGCGCCCCCCCGUGCGGCGACAUUGCUAGAUCGUAGCUUGUACUCCUGCCAGAUGAUUGAUUAGCCUAAUCUGUGAUUUGAUAGAUCGACCAAAUUCUUCGGAAAUGCAAAUCGAGUUUCAGAUGAGGACCGAUAGAUGAUUUCCAUAGAUGUAGGGAGCUGACCAAUGAAUGAUAUGAUUCUUAGCUGUUCUUUUCCGUUGUCGAAUAAAUGGUACAAUCCAAAUUAAGUAGAGAUACUUGCUCUUGUAAAAUGAAAAAAAAUGUAGUUUUUUCUGCACGAUCUUGAGCACAU